CUGAUCUGAAGUCAUUAGAGAAAGAAAGCAAUUCCAAACCCUCAGUGCGACAGAUCUCAUCUUCGUUCUUUCUUCUUCCUUCUUCACCUCCUCUCUAUCGCAUUCUCGUUUCUUCGAAUCCCUAAUGCUUUUAUAAAUAUAUAUAUUAUAGAUUCAACUGAAUAGUGUCGGACUCUGAGCAGUGAUGGAUCAUUCGUAUUCUCAGCGGCGGAACGGCGCCGUUCCGGUGGAGCCGUGCCAGCACCUGUCGGACUUCCGAUCGCGGCAAGGCGGCGCCAAGCCAUUCAGGGCGCUGCAGGAGUGCCUGAGGGUGGCACCGCCGGGGCGCACGGCGAUCCGCCGGGAUCCGAACGAGGUGCCGCGCUGCGGAUCCUGUGGAUCCUCGGCGCCCCCGCGGCUUUACGCUUGCGUUGAAUGCGCGGCACUCUCCUGUUACGCGGACGCGCCAUCGCAUGCGGCCGCCCUGGGCGGCCACGAGAUUGCCGUUGACGUCGACCGUGCGGAGCUCUUCUGCUGCUUGUGCCGCGACCAGGUCUACGACGGGGACUUCGAUGCUGCCGUCGUCCUCGCUCAGACCACGGCGUCGACUCUCGGCGGAGGAUCCGCAAUCCGAUCCCUGCUGCCUGAGAACCUCCGGAAGCGGCGUCGCGUCGAUUACCGGCCUUGGACGCCCGAUCUGAGAGAACGUGCGUUGGUUGGAAGGAAUUCGAGCCCUUUGAAUUGGACCCCUACCGGGGAUUCCUCUUUUGACCUACCUUGGGGAUUGCGAGGGCUGAACAAUCUCGGAAAUACGUGCUUCAUGAACUCAGUGUUGCAAGCAUUGCUCCAUACUCCGCCAUUGAGGAACUAUUUCUUGAGCGAUCGGCACAACCGGUAUUUUUGUCAACAGAAGAGCAGUGUUAAGAAAAAUGACACCAAUCAAAAUAAGAAUUCGAGGCUUUGCUUAGCUUGUGACAUGGAUGCCUUGUUUUCCGCUGUGUUUUCGGGAGAAAGGACGCCGUAUAGCCCGGCAAAAUUUCUAUACAGUUGGUGGCAAUAUGCGGCAAACCUAGCAAGUUAUGAACAACAGGAUGCACAUGAAUUCUUCAUUUCUAUGCUUGAUGGGAUUCAUGAAAAAGUGGAGAAGGAUAAAAGAAAGCCCCAGAGUCAAGGCAAUGGAGACUGCUGUAUCGCACAUAGAGUGUUCUCUGGCAUUUUGCGGUCUGAUCUCAUGUGUACAGCAUGUGGUUUUACGUCUACAACGUAUGAUCCAUGUGUGGACUUCUCAUUGGACUUGGAACCAAACCAGGGAACUUCUACAAAGUUGUCCGCCUCAAAAUCCCAUCAUUCUUGCAAUGGCGAGGCAGGUCCCGUGAAAUCAAGCCGAAACUGUGGAAUGUCUACCUUGAUGGGCUGUUUGGACCGAUUUACUAGACCCGAGAGACUGGGCUCUGACCAAAAGUUCUUCUGCCAACAGUGUCAAGUGAGACAGGAAUCUCUCAAACAAAUGUCUAUAAGAAAACUCCCCUUGGUUUCUUGCUUUCAUAUCAAAAGAUUCGAGCAUUCUCCAAUCCGGAACAUGUCGAGGAAAGUUGACCGGUCUUUACAUUUCCCAUUUUCCUUAGACAUGGCACCUUAUCUAUCUUCAUCAAUAUUGAGAAGUCGAUUUGGAAACAGAAUGUUCUCUUUUGAUGGGGAUGAAUUGGAUGCUUCUGAGUUGUCUUCAGAAUUUGAGUUGUUUGCUGUUAUCACGCACACUGGCAAGCUAGAUGCAGGCCAUUAUGUGACCUAUUUGCGCUUAAGUGAUGAAUGGUACAAGUGUGAUGAUGCUUGGAUCACUCGAGUGAAUGAAAACAUUGUGAGGGCUGCACAGGGAUACAUGAUAUUCUAUGUGCAAAAGAUGCUUUACUACAAAGCAAGUGAAAGACCGGCUGCCUCUUAGACAAUGUGGAUUAAACAGUUUUGGAGUACAGCAGUUUAAAAACAUUCAACGAGCUCAUGCUUAAUAUGAUUAAUUAUUGAAGAAAACGGCCGCCAUUGUUAGUGCCGUCAUAACCGUCGUGGAGUUGCUGCAUCUUCAAAGGGAAAGCAGCUCGUGCUCUCUUGAGUACAUUUUUGAGAGGUAAUUGUGUAUCUAAGAUGGAGCUCAUGCAGGCCUUAUUAUUAUUAUUAUUAAUUUUUUAGGCAUUUUCCUGCCUAUGGAAGCUAUUAGCUCCAAAAUAUGGGUUCCUUAAAGAAAACAAAGAGGAAAGAGAAAAUACAAAAGAAUGAAUCAUUUUAAUUGAUGGUUU